GUAAAAUAAGUUAAAGAGGGGUUUUAAGAGAGCAGUAUUAAGGAAUUUCACAACAUGUCGCGUCCAAGACGAGCAGCAUCGCAAAAAGUCGUUCAGCAACAGAAAUUAGACUUGUCUGAUAUUGAAGAAAGUGAUGAUGACGAUUUUUCGUCUCAAAGUUCUGACGAUUAUCAGCCUGACAAAUCAAAGGAUAAUGAAAAGACUUUUGAGGAAUCAGAGGAAUCUGAAGCCAUUGAUGAAAGUGAGGCUUCUGAACAGGAAGAUGAUGGGUCACCCGUUAAAAAUAGCAGAUGGAAUAACAGGAAAAAGCCCAAAAUGCCACAAAACAGACAAAGGAGUUUGUCGGCCUUGCAAAAAGAAGCAAUUAGCAAACUUAAUGCUGUCAAAACGCCUAGUUCAUCUUCAUUAAGUCAAAAUCUACAUGACAUUCUCAAAAAGGCACAAUAUAACAAGAAAAGUGUCUUUAGUGACUCAGAAUCGGAAGCAGAAAAUAAUAAAGUUCCAACAUUUGAUUGUUCUGGCGGUUUACGAUUAUCUGGAAGUGAUGAUUCUGAAAGUGAAGAGAAUGCACCAAAAGUAAAAGCAACACAAAAGAAGAAAAGAGCAGAUUCAGUGAGCAGUAUUAAUGAAGAAUCAGGAAAACCAGCGAUGGAUCUUAAAGCAAUUCAUGAUAAUUUAGAAAGAAUGAACCACGAUAGAGAAAAGCUCUCUAAAUACGCCGCAUUUAAUAUUUCAAAUGAAAAAACGGGCAAUGAUGAUAAUGUUGCUGAUUUAUUGUUAAUGGGAGAAAAUGCUAAAAAGAUUGGGGCAUCACAGAAGCGAAAAAAAGCAUCUCAAGGUGACGAUUCCGAUUCAGAUAAUUGGGAAGAUGUUGAAGAAGAUGAAUCGAGCAGUUAUGUGCGACCAAAAGAAGACGUAGAGAUUCUAUUAAACAGUUUUGGAGAGCAACACACCAAGAAAGAUGCAAAACCAGUUGAUGUUGAGGCUCAACUAAAACGAAAGUUUAAUAGGAAAAGGAAGGAAUAUCAAGAACAUUUGCACAAAACUGAACUUAUGGCCUGGUUAACUCAUGGCAAUUUCGUUAAUGAACGUUUAAACUAUUCAGGAUUGAUGAAAUGUGCAUUAGAAAUGCUCCCAAAGACCAAAGAUAAGGCACAAUGCUAUCCAACAGACAAAACAGAUGUUGAAUAUUUCACACAAAUCACAAAAUGGUUCAAGCAAACAAUAAAAUUAAGAGAACAAGGCAUGUACUCAAAGUUUGAAAAGCGUCCACCAUUAGCUGUAAGUUUAGCAAUUCAAAUGAAGUACAAAACUGCCAUGUGUCGACGAGAUUAUGUACUUAUGUACAUCAUUCUGUUAAGAGCUAUAGGCGUUCAAUGUAGAAUGGUUCAAUCCCUCGUUAUGGAUCCAAAAAUUUGUCCAAAAUCAGAAUUAAUGAGCUUGUCAAAGAAGGAAGAAAAAAGUAUCGCUGGAAGCACUAAAAAGUCGUCAAGCAAGUCGAAAAGUACAAAUACUAAGAAAAAUAAUACCAAAUCCAAUAAAAAUACAAAAUCAAGGUCUAAAAAAGCUUCAGAAAAACCCAAAAUUCCACAACUUGAUGGCGGUGACAAUGAGAUUCCAAAAGAUAAAAAGAAAAGAGCAAUAAAGUUAAAAGGCUCAUCGUCAUUUAAUGUUGAUGAUUCGUAUGUUGAUAUUAAUAAAAUCAGUAAAGUUUCAACAAAGCAAAGCAGUAAUCCACAAUCAGAAAAUUUGUCACCAAAAGUUAAGGUAUCAUUGUCGACAUCAAAUCAGAAUAAAGUCUCAUUAUCCGAAAAAUUACAGAAAAAUGCCAAGACGAAUAGAUUAAGCCAACUAAUGUCACCAAGGAAGACUAGAAGUGCUAGCAGAGAAGUUUCGCCAUUAAUUAUUAAAAAAAAAGAAUCAAAAAUUAACGGAGAUUCAAGUCUUUCAAAAAAUAGCACUUCUAAAGUAAAAAUCACAAAAAAAGCUGAGAAUAAGGAUGACUUUAAAGUCCAAACAUCUCCAAGACGGUUAAGAAGUCGAAGCACGGAACCGACUCAAGAGAAUCAAGAGAUAAUAAAACAGGGCGUUAAAAAACCUAAUUUAAAUUCAUUGACACAAAAAACUCCCCCAAAACCCAUUGAUAAUGUUAAAUCUAAUGAUAAGCUCUACGUUCCGUCGCCUAGACGAUUGAGAAGCAGAAGUCUCAGUUCUGAAAAUCCAAAAAAUAAAUCAAGCACUCCUGCAAUUGAAAAUAUCACUAAAACUGCAUCAAGGAAGCGACUAUCAACUGUUAAAGACAAUUCUAUAGAAUCUAAAAAAUCAAAGGUAACAGAAACAGCCAGAUCAACAAGAAAACGACAAUCUACUGUCAAACCAGAAGUUGUUGAAGCAAAAAAGCUUAAGCAAGAGAAAGAUGAUGAUUCUGAUGAUAGCAGCUUGAAAUAUUUCAGAACAAUAUCUGGGUCGAAUAAAAAGCCACAAGCAUCAACAUCACGAAUAUCGGUUAUAAAAAAAGAUACAAAGCUGUCUACAUCGAUGGAAAUUGAUAGAAGAAUUCUGUCCUCAGAUGAUGAGGUUGAUAUACAAAAUGCAUCACCGAAGAAAGUUCGAGGAAUUGACAUUUGGACUGAAGUCUAUUGUGAAAAAGAAGAGAAAUGGAUCUGUAUUGAUAUCUUUCGCAAUAAAAUUGAUUGUGUUAAGGAUAUUUAUCAAAAAGCAACACAUCCAAUGAUCUAUGUAUUUGCAUGGAAUAAUGAUAAGACCGUUAAGGAUGUUUCAGCACGUUAUUGCAUUAAUUUAAAUACAACAAUCCGGAAAAUGCGUGUCGAUCGCGAAUAUUUAUAUCCAAUUUUGAACAUUUUCAAUGCUGGUUCCAAAAAGACACAUAGGGAUUUUAAGGAAGAUGAGGAAUUGAACAAAGUACAAUUCGAUACACCAAUGCCAAAAUCAAUUGCCGAGUUCAAAAAUCACCCGCUGUAUGUUUUAAAGAGGCAUUUGUUGAAAUUUCAAGCAAUUUAUCCACCAGAGCCUCCAAUUUUGGGCUACAUUCGAGAAGAAGCAAUUUAUCCACGCGAUUGUGUAUUUACAUUACAUAGUCGUGAGACAUGGAUAAAGGAUGCUCGAGUUGUUAAAUUGCAUGAACAAGCAUAUAAAAAUGUUAAAACUUUGAAGUUUGAUCGAGCAAAGAAUAAAGUUAUUAGGGAUGUUCCUUUGGAACUAUUUGGAAUAUGGCAAACUGAAGAGUACAAACCACCAAAUGCUGAAAAUGGAAUCGUACCUAGAAAUGCAUAUGGAAAUGUUGAGCUAUUUAAGCCAAGUAUGUUACCCGGUAAUACUGUUCAUCUUCAAUUGCCUGGCUUAAAUAAAGUUUGUCGAAAAUUAGGAAUUGAUUGCUCUCAAGCUAUUGUUGGAUUUGAUUCUAGUGGCGGAUGGCCUUAUCCCGUUUAUGAUGGAUUUGUUGUUUGUAAAGAAUUUGAAGAGAAAGUAAUUGAUGCAUGGAAUCGUGAGCAAGAACAAGCAGAACAGAAAGAACGUGAAAAGAUUGAAAAACGAGUUUAUGGAAAUUGGAAGAAAUUAAUUAAAGGAUUGUUAAUCAAACGUCGCUUAAUGCAAAAGUAUAAUAAUUUUGAGGAAAAACACUAAGUUUUAUGUCUGUUUCCAACAUUUAUUUUUUCUAUGUUUUGAAUAAAG